AUGGACUUCGAUGAUGGCGGCAGUGACAGUCAGGAAGGGCGUGACGACUUUCAGUCCCUGACUACAGACUUGGAGCCCUUUACUUGCGAUCACCCAUUGCUGAAGUUUGGCCAAGUUGGCUACAAUGGACCUGCUGGCUUCAUGUGGGACUUUGCCUAUGUCUAUGACAACCUUCAUGCUUUGGGCGAAAAGAAGCAGAAGUACAAGAUGUUAAAGGAGCUCCAGGAACAAUGCUGUGAAGGGCAACACUUGUCCAGGGAAGAUUUGCAUGUGAAAAAGGAAAGAAGGCGAGGGUGCUUGGCCGUUGAUGCAGUGAGCACAUUGCUUGUCUUGCACUUUUUGCUCGACUUGCUCAACAAAACAAGAACUGAUGCCAAAGCGCUGACUAUGAGAAACUAUUUCAAAGAUGUUGGCAUGCUGGUCACCCAGGAAGCAAGUCGCCACAAUGAUGUGCUGAAGUUUUCAGUUGGUGACUUUCCUAUGCAUGUUCUGCCUACAGGGAAGUUGCAAGGCUUUCGUUUGUGGCUCGGAAGACAUGUUCACAAACAGGUGGUUCAAUUGUGGCUUACACUGUGGAAGUGGAUGGCCAGGGAAGACAAUGGGCCACUUCUGACAGAAGACAUUUCCAGCAACGAUGAUGAGGAGCCAUCCUUGGUGGAUUUACUCAUGUUUUGUGUCAAUUUUAUACAUUCCUACAAGGCGGCCCAUUCGUUUCGACAGCCUCCCCCUUUCUCCACCGAUAGCAUGAGAAAUCUGCAACAAUGCGUUCUCAAGUUUGUGGCGUGGGUUGUCAACAAUGUGGUGCUUGAGAUGAUGACCCAGCAGGACGAUUCUCAGCCAGUGCCAUCCAGACGCGUGAGAAGGAACUCCGAUGCAAAUCUGCGGAAGAUGAGUCCUCAUGAGAUCUGGCGUGUCAUUGAGCAAAGCAAGGAUACUGGGGUGUCAUACCAAAAGAUUUGUGCUCUGCGAAAAGAUGACCCACAAGGAGGAAUCAGUGAGCUAAGUUUCUUCAAUGUGAAGAACUUCGCCAUUGUCACGGAUGCCUCAACUCAUAGCAACAAGGACUACCUGAUGAGCCUGGCCUAUGAGAUGGAGCUGACACCAGAAGCAGAGCGCUUGGCAGCGAGACGGGAAAUUGAACGGCUUAGCAGCUUGAAGUUCUUGCAAGGCCUUUCGGCCCAGAUAUGCAAGUUGACUGACCUUUGCUUGGAUGAUUUUAAAUUUCCUGAAGUCUUGCUCAAAAUGUUGGAGCUGCAACCAGGCGAUAACUUCUUCUUUGACGACAACGUCGCAGUGCUGAAUGGAGAGGAGUUUCAAUUAAGUCAAUUACGUCAAUUGUCUGAUUUGCCUUGUUUGCAUUGCAUCAUGGACCAAGGCAAAGUUGGCUGCGCAGCUGCUGCCUUUGUCACUUCCCAAGCUGGCCUCCAAAUCCACUUCACCUUCGACAAGAUUCACCGCCUGUUGAGAGACCUGAAAAACCCAAUCAAAGCAGCUGGCUUGGAAUCUUGUGUUUUGGCAACAACGUAUCUGUUCAGCGUCAACACCAAGCCUUUUGGAAGUGGCCAAUGGUUUACGGAAAAAACUCAGAUCUUGGAAGCAUUCUUUGAAUCCAACAGCUUUGACUGCCAAUGGUUUCAGGCAUUGAAAGAGAGAAUUGCCAAUGAUUUUGGUAUGGAAGGGUGCUCCGACAGGGAGAUCUUUGACUCCAUUCCCGAGCAAUUGGAAUCGUGGAGGCUCAAGGGCGGACUUGCCAAGGCAAGCAGAUGGUUUUCCUGGAACGAAGGAGCUGCUGUCCACUUGAAAGAAUGGCAUAGCUCCCUCAUGCUCCUCUCGUGGUACUUCCCAACAGAUCUUGACACUGAUGGUCAGUCUGGUUUGUUAGGCCUCAAAGGCUGUUUGACACAGAUGUAUUGGGAAGAUGCCCACAUCAUCUUCAGAGUUCAAUAUGGAAUGUGGUCGUGGUACUCGCAGCAGAUCCAUGAUGUCAAAAGCCCAGAGCAUGCAAUCAUUGAAUCUUUGGAAAUGGUCGAGUCAUGGAUGAGUCAUCAGUCUCUCCAGACCCUUGCUGAAUCGUGGAGCGCUCAAACUUGGGCCGAUGUUGAGCGGUUUGUGCCUGACCAGGAGGCCUUCAUUGCCAGAGUGAAUACCUAUGCUCUUGGAUGCUUGAUGAAUCGUUGCGCAGCGCUUUCCAAGUUCUCAGCUCCACCUGAGACAUGGGUUGGGCUUCUAGAUCCCCAGCAAGCACAGGUGACAAGAAUGCGGCUCUUGAAGGAGUAUCGUUGGUUUCAAUCCUUGCGGUGCAGCAUGGCUCCUUUUGCAGCAGAGCUUGCCAGUGACAUUGAGACGGUCUUCGAUUUGCCUUGUCGUCAUUUGUGUCAUUUGUGUCAUUUUGACUUUGGAGCAGCGCAAGAGCUGGCCAAGCUGCUGAUUGGUGGCUUUGCGGAUUCAAAAGUGGUGGAGGACAUUCACCAAGCAUGCAGGGUGGCCACGAACCCAGGCAGCAACAAGAAGCUCUCUGGAGCUACGUUGCAGCUUGUUUGCCAAUUCUCUGAGGUUUUGGACAAGAGAGGGAUCGUCCAUCCAGCUGCCCUAACCCGUGAAGAAUUCUUGGACAAGCGGCCUGAUGCCAGAGAUGAUUUCAACUGCCGCCAGGAAUUCAAAUCAUCCAGCCAUAGUCUACCAGCUCGCUACUCAGAGAUUCUGACGAAGAAGAUGUGGCGCACUGUCAGUGAGGAUUGGCUUCGAACCUCAUACGGGGCAUGGCAAUGGAUGAUUCAAUACUGCGGGCAAAGGCUUGCUGACCAAGGUGUUCGCCUGGAGGAUGGUCUUCUGAACCGCCUUGCUUUUCAAGGGCAAGUGAUUGAAGUCAAUUUUGUCUAUCUACUCAUUUUGGGCAAUUUGAAGUGGCAAGCCCUUGCUUGGCCGUUGAAGCUUGUGGACGCUGCUGAUGAUGAUUAUCGCAUGAUGCGAUGGGUUUUGGAUUCGUCGUCAAGUUGUCAAUGGCUGCAAUGCUCUCUGAACAUGCCAGCUUUUCAAACAAAGCUAGUCUGGAGCAAUCAGUUUGGCAUCCACUGGCAACAGGUUGGGCCUCCUGAAACAUUUGCGCAGAAUUGCUUGCGGCGCUCCAAUGGCCUGACAUUCACAGAUCUUUGCUUGAUGGGGAGGCAUCUUUUUGGCUCCGAAAUCAAAGAGAAGUCUAGGAAGGACAUCCUUUUGAAGCUGGCGUUGCAUUUCGGAGAUGAUUUUGCAGAGCUGGUCUUGGAGUGCGACUCUAAGACGACAAAGAAGUCAUCAUCUGAUCCAGAUCAAGCAGCUUUGGUAAAAGCUGUGUUUGACCACUUGGACGCGGAUGAGCAGAAGGAGUUUCGCUCUGUCAAGGAGAAUGUCUACAGGGAGGAGAAAACUCAGAAGCAAUUGAAGUGGCGCAAAUUGCUCAACGAAAAAAUGGAGGAGGAAGAAGCAAAGGCAAAGGAAGAAGCAAGCGAUGCUGUGAAGAUGGAAGACGAAGUGAAGCAAACGAAACUGAACGUGCUGAAGCAGCAGCUGAACUUGCUGAGGAAGCAGCUCCUCCUGCUGAACUUGCCGAAGAAGCAGCUCCUGCUGCUGAAGUUGCUGAAGGAGCUUCUCCUUCUGAAGUUGCUGAAGGAGCUCCUCCUGCUGAACUUGCUGAAGCAGCAGCUCCUCCUGCUGAACUUGCCGAAGAAGCAGCUCCUGCUGCUGAAGUUGCUGAAGGAGCUUCUCCUGCUGAAGUUGCUGAAGGAGCUCCUCCUGCUGAACUUGCACCCCCGGCUCAACCGGCUGAGCCAGCUCGGCCAGCGCCUGUGCCUGGCAGAGAUGUCGGGCCUCGAGUGCACUCAACACCUGCCCUCCUCAGAAGCAUUGAGCCCAACAGUUGGUUCAAGUUGA